AUGUAUAGUAUAACAUCAAACACCAAAUAUUCUUUGAUCUUAAUACUAUCCAUAUCCAGCUUAUUAUUCUCCCUCCAAGGAACUCAUGGAGACUACGGAGGUUGGCAAGGUGGUCACGCCACUUUCUACGGUGGCGGCGAUGCUUCCGGCACCAUGGGUGGAGCUUGUGGCUAUGGUAAUCUGUAUAGCCAAGGCUACGGGACGAACACGGCUGCUUUAAGUACUGCUCUGUUUAACAACGGCCUCACGUGCGGGGCGUGCUACGAGAUGAAGUGCAACGAUGACCCGAGAUGGUGUCUAGGCUCCACUAUCACCGUUACGGCUACAAACUUUUGUCCACCGAACUUUGGUCUCUCUAACGACAACGGUGGAUGGUGUAAUCCUCCUCUUCAACAUUUCGACCUAGCCGAGCCAGCUUUUCUCCAAAUCGCUCAGUAUCGUGCCGGCAUUGUUCCUGUCUCUUUCCGAAGAGUACCGUGUAUGAAGAAAGGAGGGAUAAGGUUUACGAUCAACGGACACUCUUACUUCAACCUUGUUCUGAUCACGAACGUAGGAGGAGCAGGAGACGUCCAUGCCGUCUCCAUCAGAGGCUCAAAAACAGGCUCGUGGCAAGCAAUGUCUAGGAACUGGGGCCAAAACUGGCAGAGCAAUUCUUACCUCAAUGGCCAGAGCCUCUCGUUCCAGGUUACCACCAGCGAUGGUCGGACAGUCGUUAGCAAUGACGUGGCUCCUUCUAACUGGCAGUUCGGACAAACCUUCCAAGGCGGUCAACUUAAAGCAAAAGCUGUAACCAAACAAGUUAUGGAAUGUGACGGCAAAGAAGUUGCAUUCAAGUUGUCAGAAAAUUGUGUUCUCAAGAUCGUUAAAGGCAACAUCACCGAGUGGUCCGUAGAUGGCUCAUCCGAUGCUAUUGUUAAUCCGGCUAAUGAGCGUAUGCUAGGUGGUAAUGGUGCAGAUGGAGCCAUUCAUGAUGCUGCUGGGCCACAGCUGAGAGCAGCAUGUUAUGACGUCCCAGAAGUUCUUCCUGGAGUCCGUUGUCCCACCGGAGAAGCAAGAAUCACACUAGGUUUCAACUUGCCUGCAUCUCAUGUGGUUCAUACUGUUGGACCUAUUUAUAAUGCCGAGAAGAAUCCUAAGAAAUUCCUAGAAAGUGCUUACAGGAACAGUCUGAGAGUGGCUAAGGAAAACAACAUCCAGUACAUUGCAUUUACUGCUAUAUCUUGUGGUAGUUUCAGGUAUCCUUUGAAUGAAGCUGCUUCUAUAGCUAUCUCCACGGUUAAAGAGUUCGGUAAAGAUUUUAAAGAGGUACAUUUUGUUAUGUUCAGCGAUGAUACAUACACAAUGUGGGUGAACAAGGCAAAAGAGUUGCCACAAGUCCGAAGCUCAUCCCCCUCGUGGAGGAAAAUCAAAACUGGAUUCUUCACUAAACUCAAGUGUUUUAGGCCCAUUAACAAGCCUUCCCUAAAUAAAACCAAAAACAUGGCGAUGAAUCUCUUGUUCACCUGUGGACCAGGAAGCCUGUCUCUCCCGAAACUACACUCGAGCUCGAUCUUUAGCUCAACCUCUGCUCCUCCGUCGGGAGCUACACUCAUCCCCGCCGAGUCACGGUUACGGAGCGAUUCGUCUUCGUUUAUCCUCUCUUCUCCUAAAAGGACUUCCACAGUGAUAACUGUCUCAACAACCAUGGUUUCUCGAGCUGUUUUCAGUUUGUCUGAAUCGAGUCUUCUCAAAAUAAUUAAAGGUGACAUCACUAAAUGGUCCGUUGAUGCAACCUCCGAUGCUAUUGUGAAUCCAGCAAAUGAGAGAAUGUUAGGUGGUGGUGGUGCAGAUGGAGCAAUACACAGAGCUGCUGGGCCACAGUUGAGAGCAGCAUGCUAUGAGGUCCCUGAAGUUCGUCCUGGAGUCCGUUGUCCAACCGGUGAAGCAAGAAUCACUCCGGGUUUUAACUUGCCUGCUUCCCAUGUGAUUCACACUGUUGGUCCCAUCUAUGACUCUGAUGUCAACCCUAAAGAAUCCCUCACCAGUUCUUACAGAAAUAGUCUGAGAGUGGCUAAGGAAAACAACAUCAAGUACAUUGCAUUCCCUGCCAUAUCUUGUGGGAUCUACGGAUAUCCUUUUGAUGAAGCAGCUGUGGUCGGUAUAUCAACGAUCAAAGAGUUCGCCAAUGACUUUAAAGAGGUGCAUUUUGUUUUGUUCGCCGAUGAUAUUUAUAGCGUGUGGGUUAGCAAAGCAAAGGAGGUGCUAGAAAAUGCUUAAGAUUCCCUCUGCAUGCCCAAGUAAACAUAAAUAAAAAAAAGUUUGCUAUGUGUGUGUUGUGUGAUGAGCGCCUUGUGAUAACUCCACACAAAAGAAACAUUUUGUUAUUUGUGUUAGUGUGAUGAGAGCCUUUGUGAUGGUUCGUAAAAUGGUUAUGGUUUUUUAAGGAUUGUCUUUUGCUUUUAUACAAUCUUUGCUAUACCAAAACCAGUAGCUGUCCUGGGUAGAAGCAUUAUAAGCAUUUGUUUUCGGCCGUUAA